AUGGAGAACAGGGUGUGGACUUUGUGCCUUCUUGUCAUUUUGACUGGGGGAUGGACGGAGGCUCAGAGUCAGACCAACUUUACCAGGCCUACCUUCCACUGUGGAGGCCACCUGGUCAUAGACUCGGGGAUCGUGGCCAGCGAAGGCUUCCCCAGUCACUACAAACCCAACAGUAAAUGCACCUGGUACAUCACUGUCCCAGAGGGUCAUGUGGUCAUGCUGUCUUUCCGCCUCUUCGACAUGGAGGCUGACCCCACCUGUCGGUACGACUACCUGGAUGUCUACAACGGUCACUCCCGAUUGGUGCAGAAGCUGGGCCGCUUCUGUGGGACGUUCAGGCCCGGCGCCCUCAUCUCCACCUCCAACACCAUGAUGUUAGACAUGGUGUCGGACGACGCCACCGGCGGAAGAGGCUUUCUGGCUUCUUUCGCUGCAGGGAAGCCACAUGUGGAAGAGAAUCAGUUCUGCGGAGGAAGGCUGACCAAAUCGCAGGGCUCUGUCAAAACGCCCAACUGGCCAAACUCUGAUUACCCAGCAGGCAUCAGCUGCUCCUGGCACAUCUCCGUAGAGCCGAGCAACGUGAUCGAGGUGAAGUUUCAGAAGCUCGACUUGGAGCCCGACACGUACUGUCGCUACGACUAUGUGGCGUUGUUUAACGGAGGAGAGAGGGACAACUCAAGAAGAAUUGGGAAAUUCUGUGGAGACAGGCCACCGGAAACUAUAGUGACCAAUGGGAAUGAGCUCCUUGUCCAGUUCGUCUCUGACCUCAGCAUUACCUCAGAUGGCUUCAUGGCCUACUACUCCAGUGUGCCCCGCGGGUCCCGAACACCCACCGCCGGGGGAGACUUUAUCUACAGUCCUCAGACGACGUCCAUGCCACAAAAAGUGCCCGUGAGGCCCAGGAAACCCAUUAAACCAACCCCCAAACCUAGACCCGGUCUCCAGCCUAAACCCACCAAAAAAACACUGGUGAAGAAACCUCCUCCACGCAAACCUAUCGCCAAGCCCGCAGUCAAGCCCACGGCUAAACCCAAACCAGCUAAACCCACACCUAAGGCGCCUGUGAAAAAGCCUGCACCUAAACCCAGAGCUAAACCCACACCCAAACCUAAGAUUAUCAAGCCGGUGCUCAAACCAAGCAUCAAGGCUAAACCCACGCGUAAACCAACACUGAGGACCAAGCCCACCUUAAAACCUGCUGUCAAACGAGUAAAGCCAACCCCUAAGAGCGGAGUUAAACCAAUCGUCAAACCUAAAGCGACACCUAAACCAGGACAAAGCAAGACAGUGACGAAGAAGCCUAUCGUGAGCAAGAAACCUUUACCACUGAACCCACUGUGUACACAAGCCUGUAAGAGGACAGGAACCCUCCAGUCCAGCUUCUGCCCUCAUGACUUUGCAAUUACGGGUAAGAUUACAUCUCUGACGGCUGGUCCGAGGGGCUCAGCAACUGUCGAGGUGUCCCUCAUCAAGGCCUAUAAGACAGGACGCCUCAACAUCAAUAAAUCAGGACCGGGUAUGUCAGUCACGCUGACCUCCACCUGCAAGAGAUGCCCUGGUCUAAGCAAAGGUCUGAACUAUGUGCUGAUGGGAAAAGUCGACACACAGGGCAACGGCCAUCUCAGCCCCUCCAGCUUCACUCUCCUCUAUAAGCCCAUCCACGCCAAAGCACUGGCCAACCUCUCCGGAAAAUCCUGCUGACAUCACAGCUGAACUCACCAAUCACAUGAACAGCUGCAGCUGUCUCUCUAAAAACAUGUAACUUUACAUAAAGACUGAAAAUAUUAUUAGAAAUAU